UGUGAGCACAGAUAUCCACAUCAAGGUUGAUCAGCUUGUACUGAAAACCAGAAGUGAUCCUCAACUCUGGGGAGAAUCAAACAAAAUGUCUGUCUGACAGUUACAGGUAGCUGACCGUCCUUUCUAACUGUCUCCUGACUUUGUUUGUUUGUCUCUCCUGAUGAUUGCUUAAAACAAAUGAAACCAUCUUCAUCAUAACAAAGUCUAUAUUUUAAAAUGAACUUUUUCCUUUUGGUAUCUUUUGGAUCUUUGCAGGGACAAAAAAUGGCGACACCUGAAGAGGAAAUCUUAUCAAUUUUAGAAGAUUUGGGAGAUGAGGACUUUGAAAAAUUCAAGUGGUUCCUGCAGGGGGCGCUAGGAGGCAUCGAAGCAAUCCCAAAGAGUCGACUGGAGAAUGCAAACCGGAUUAAAACCGUGGAUCAGAUGAUUCAGACUUACAGUAUAAAUGCGAUUGACGUGGCCAGAACAGUUAAAGAGAAGAUAAAUCAGAAAUUAUCAAACCCCCCCCUCAAACUUGAAGAGAUUCUUCCUCGGUGCCAGCCAAAACUAAAAUCCAAUUUACAAAAGAAGUUCCAGUGUGUGUUUGAGGGGAUCGCUAAAGCAGGAAACCGGACACUUCUGAAUGACAUCUACACAGAGAUCUACAUCAUAAAGGGAGGGACUGCAGAGGUCAAUAAUGAACAUGAGGUCAGACAGAUUGAAACAGCAUCCAGGAAACCAGAGAGACCAGAAACAAGAAUCAGACAAGAAGACAUCUUUAAAGCCACAUCUGGAAGAGAUGAACCAAUCAGAACAGUGCUGACAAUGGGAGUGGCUGGCAUUGGGAAAACAGUCUUAACACAGAAGUUCACUCUGGACUGGGCUGAAGACAAAACCAACCAGGACAUCCACUUCAUAUUUCCAUUCACUUUCAGAGAGCUGAAUGGGCUGAAAGAGAGAAAGUUAAGCUUGGUGGGACUUGUUCAUCGCUUCUUUCCUGAAACCAAAGAAGCAGGAAUCUGCAGGUUUGAAGAGUUCCACGUUGUGUUGAUCUUUGACGGUCUGGAUGAGUGUCGACUUCCUCUGGACUUCCACAACACUGAGGUCCUGACUGAUGUCACAGAGUCCACCUCAGUGGAUGUGCUGCUGACAAACCUCAUCAGGGGGAAACUGCUUCCCUCUUCUCGCCUCUGGAUAACCACACGACCUGCAGCAGCCAAUCAGAUCCCUACUGACUGUGUUGGCAUGGAGACAGAGGUCAGAGGGUUCACUGACCCACAGAAGGAGGAGUACUUCAGGAAGAGAUUCAGAGAUGAGGAGCAGGCCGGCAGAAUCAUCACCCACAUCAAGACAUCACGAAGCCUCCACAUCAUGUGCCACAUCCCAGUCUUCUGCUGGAUCUCUGCUGGAGUUCUGGAGAAGCUGAUGAAAACCAGAGAGGAAAGUGAGCUACCCAAGACCUUGACUGAGAUGUACAUUGAAUUCCUGGUGGUUCAGAUCAAGCUGAAGAACGUCAAGUAUGAUGGUGGAUCUGAGAGAGAUCCACACUGGAGUCAAGAGAGCAGGAAGAUGAUUGAGUCACUUGGAAAACUGGCUUUUGAUCAGCUGCAGAAAGGGAACCUGAUCUUCUAUGACUCAGACCUGACAGAGUGUGGCAUCGAUAUCACAGCAGCCUCAGGUUACUCAGGAGUGCUCACACAGGUCUUUAGGGAGGAGAGAGGACCGUACGAGGUCAGGGUGUUCUGCUUCGUCCAUCUGAGUGUUCAUGAGUUUCUGGCUGCUCUUCAUGUCCAUCUGACCUUCAUCAACUCUGGAGUCAAUCUGAUGGCAGAAGCAAGUUGGUGGCCUAAAGUCUUUAGUGACAAACCAAAACAUCUCUACCAGAGUGCUGUGGACAAGGCCUGUCAGAGUCCAAAUGGACAUCUGGACUUGUUCCUCCGCUUCCUCCUGGGUCUUUCACUGGAGAUCAAUCAGAAUCACCUACGCGAUCUGCUAACACAGACGGGAAGUAGCUCACAGACCAAUCAGGAAACAGUCCAGUACAUCAAGAAGAAGAUCAGUGAGGAUCUCUCAACAGAGAGAAGCAUCAACCUGUUCCACUGUCUGAAUGAACUGAAUGAUCGUUCUCUAGUGGAGGAGAUCCAACAGUCCCUGAGAUCAGGAAGUCUCUCCUCAGAUAGACUGUCUCCUGCUCAUUGGUCAGCUCUGGUCUUCAUCUUAUUGUCAUCACAAACAGAUCUGGAUGUGUUUGACCUGAAGAAAUACUCUGCUUCAGAGGAGGCUCUUCUGAGGCUGCUGCCAGUGGUCAAAGCCUCCAACAAAGCUCUGCUGAAUAACUGUAAACUCUCAGAGAGAAGCUGUGAAGCUCUGUCCUCAGUCCUCAGCUCCCAUCCCUCUAGUCUGAGAGACCUGGACCUGAGUAACAACGCCCUGGAGGAUUCAGGAGUGAAGAAGCUGUCUUCUGGACUGAAGAGUCCACUAUGUGAACUGGAAACUCUCAGGGUAAUGGGCUGUAAGCUCUCAAAGAAAAGCUGUGAAGCUCUGUCCUCAGUCCUCAGCUCCCAGUCCUCUAGUCUGAGAGACCUGGACCUGAGUAACAACGGCCUGGAGGAUUCAGGACUGAAGCAGCUGUGUUCUGGACUGAAGAGUCCAAACUGUACACUGGAAACUCUCAGGGUAACGGGCUGUGAGCUCUCAGAGGAAAGCUGUGAAGCUCUGUCCUCAGUCCUCAGCUCCCAGUCCUCUAGUCUGAGAGACCUGGACCUGAGUAACAACGGCCUGGAGGAUUUCGGAGUGAAGCAGCUGUCUGUUGGACUAAAGAGUCCACUAUGUGAACUGGAAACUCUCAGGGUAACUGGCUGUAAGCUCUCAGAGAGUAGCUGUGAAGCUCUGUCCGUAGUCCUCAGCUCCCAAUCCUCUAGUCUGAGAGAACUGGACCUGAGUACCAAUGACCUGCAGGAUUCUGGAGUGAAGCAGCUGUCUGUUGGACUGAAGAGUCCAUUAUGUGAACUGAAAACUCUCAGUCUAUCAGGCUGUCUGAUCUCAGAGGAAGGCUGUGCUUCUCUGGCCUCAGCUCUGAGCUCCAACCCCUCCCAUCUGAGAGAGCUGGACCUGAGCUACAAUCAUCCAGGAGACUCAGGAGAGAAUCAGCUGUCUUCUCUACGAGAGGAUCCACACUGCAGACUGGAGACUCUCAGGGUGGACCAUGGUGGAGAGCACAGGUUAACACCUGGUCUGAGGAAGUAUUUCUGUCAACUCACACUGGACACAAACACAGUACAAAGAGAGCUCAAACUGUCUGAGAACAACAGGAAGGUGACAUAUGUUAAACAGGAUCAGUCAUAUCCUGAUCAUCCAGAGAGAUUUGACCACUGGGAACAGCUGCUGUGUAGAGAUGGUCUGACUGGUCGCUGUUACUGGGAGGUCGAGUGGAGAGGAGGAGUUGCUGUAGCAGUGAGUUACAGAGGAAUCAGCAGGAAAGGAAACAGUAAGGACUGUGUGUUUGGAGGAAAUGAUCAGUCCUGGAGUCUGUGGUGCUGUGAUGAUGGUGACUAUGUAUAUUGCCACAAUAACAGAGAAACAGUCCUCUCCUCCUCCUCCUCCUCCUCCUUCUCCUCCUUGUUCUCCUCCUUGUUCUCCUCCUCCUCUGGUAGAAUAGGAGUGUAUGUGGACUGUACUGCUGGCUCUCUGUCCUUCUACAGAGUCUCCUCUGACUCACUGAUCCACCUCCACACCUUCAACACCACAUUCACUGAACCUCUUUAUCCUGGGUUUGUGUUCAUGUCCCUUGGUUCCUCGGUGUCUCUGUGUGAUCUGUAGGACGGAGACGACUUCCUGUCCUGUGGUCUGAAUGUUGGAUGAAGCUUCACUUUGUUUAACAUUUGAUUCUCUGAUUGUUUCUUUAAUGUCUCAAAUGUUUUCUUCUUAUAAAUGGUGAAAUGAUCUCAGGGCUGAACUCUGAUUUUCUCUUGAAUCCAGUUUUUUUUGGAGCAGCGUCUUGUAGCUGCUAAUGUCUGUCGUGAUUGAUCUCAAUAAAGGUUUAAAGACUCACGAGAACAGCAGCUUCUAACAAAUGUAAAUCUGAUUCUGUUUUAAAGAGGAAUAAAGACAUUACCUUCACAAUCCA